AUGAAAGAAGCUUAUGUUGAAGCUCCACUGAGUGUUCUUGAAAAGAAUCCACAAUAUAGACAAGCUUCACCUCUUGUUCGGGUCGAGAAGAGGUUUGAAGAGGUUCAGGCAAAACUUUCUGGGCAGUCAAGUUUCUUCUUCGUUUCCUUCAUAUGUCUUAGGGGAAAGAAAAAAAGAAGCAGCAGAUCCUGUAAAGAAGUUACAAAAGCCAAGUCCCCUAAAUUGCAUAUUAAUGGAAGGAAAGAAAAUAGAACAGCGGUCCGUGCAACAGCAAAAGCUCCGAUUGCUGCUUCUCGUAGGAGAAAAGGGGAAGACCGCUGCCACCAACACCGCCUACAGCGUUCACUGUCGGGCACAGGCCAACUCAUCUGCCGAUGUCGCGUCCUCUAUUGGCAAUUGAAGUUGGCUGUGCCUCUGUUGCAAUUGAAUUCAGGCGUGCUCUCUUUCCCAGGUACUUCUCUUUAA